UUAGGUGUUUUUCAUCUGAAUCGUCGUUGCUUUACGCACUUCCUGUACCCCAAGGUCAUAUGAGAACUCGCCCAUCAUUUGGAUACAAACCUUAUUGAAAAUGUCUCGCACGUGUUAUUAAAUGCACUGCUACGGCCUAAUAAAAUUAGUUUAGGUAGUAACUUGAGUCGACAUGGAUACUCUUAGAUGACAACAAGCUUCAAAAUGCCUCUUUUGAAGAAGACGCAGAUUCUAGCUCUACGCAAUGCAGCGGUGGCAGUACCUGCGGAGAAUGUGACCACGGGACCUGCUUUAUUACGUGCCUACCUGUCCACUUGUUCUUGGUGCAAGAGGUUGCAGCAGUUCCAUAACUGGAACAGAUACUACAAAAAUGAUGUACUCUGUAGACAAGGUCAGUUUGUAUACGCAAGUACAAGACCACAAAUAUACAUGGCUUGUUCUGACAACAAAAAAAAUUCAAACUGCACAGAGGAGAGUCCUGCUAAUAGCAGGAUGAGAGAUGAUGUGAAAAAAUCUACAGUGAAACCUGGAGACUUUGCCAAGAGGGGUGAGUCAUUUUAG